ACUGUACAGUGAAGAUCUGCGUUAAAAAUUGCGUGCUUUUGUGGUGACCAGCUGAUUUAAACCGUGUUUAUGCCAACAGUGACGGAUAUAACCGGAAAUACAGUAUACACAAUGGCGUCGGAUCAGGAGUCGUGCUCGGAUGAGGAGCCCGACAGCGAGAUGCUGAGCGACGACCUGUGCCUGCCCGACAGCGAUGACGACCGCCAAACCUCCAGAAGUGUUCAGAGCCUGCCAGAAGACUUCCCGGCAGUAAAUUCCUGCGUCCUCAGACCACCUCGGAAGCUGUUCACCAACUGCCGCGAGCGUUGGCGCCAGCAGAACGUCAGCGGCGCCUUCGCCGAGCUGAGGCGGCUGGUGCCAACCCAUCCGCACGACAAGAAGCUCUCCAAGAAUGAAAUACUGAGGAUGGCUAUAAGAUACAUCGGUCUCCUCUGCGAAGUUCUUGAAUGGCAAAAAAAUCAUGGCCUAGGGACGAACAAGGAAAACUCAGGUCUAGCCAUCAAAUGUGAGUCUCCAUUGAGCCCGACCUCAAGACGUCUAAGACUCAAGAGACCUUACGAUGAUGACACCAAGAGGUCCUAUGAUACGGACUACGUGAGGUUUGGAAAUGAGGAAAAUGAAUUAGUGUUUAGAAGAAACUGCCAAAGGAAUUUCCAAAGUAAAACGGAGUUCUUCUUCGGAAAAGACCACUUGAAAGUUCUGCGGAACCAGUAUUAUAUACCUUCACAUUGGAGGCACAUGCCGUUCAGGAAUUUGGGUGAAAGGAAUGGAAACAAUCUGCUGAUGAUCGCACCGGCGAGCAAGGGAGACGAAAAGGAUGGUAAUUGUAAAGAUAAAGCUGAUGGGAAAGAUAAGUGAAAUGUUAAUAUUGGAAAUUUAUAUGUCCCGUAAUACCCAAGUGACGUGUUGGGUUUGGUCUGGUACGGCAAAUUUCGGUAAGAUUUUUAGACCUUUUGCAAUUGCUAUAGGCAAUCAUUAUAAGUUAAUAUUUAGUCUUAAAAACCAAUACACAGCUGUUAUAGAUACUGAAAACAGUUCUGACUCACUCACUGAUUGCCUAAUCAAGGCCCAGCCCAAACCCUAAAGCCUUAGAAAGCUGAAAUUCCUUUAUAAUGUAGACAAGGAAUAAAGCUAGACUUUUGGAAAUUCCAACGGGAUAGGGGAUAAAGAAGAUUUAUAUUAUUGUUUUUUGAGUAAAACGAGAACUGACCGAGCAAAGCCGUAACAAAUUUAUGAGAAUUUUGUUAACAAUUUGCAAUUAUUUAUUGCUUUAAUGGUUGUUGGUGAUAAUAUUCUUUACUUAAUUGGUUUAUAAGUUGGUUAUGAAUUUAAAUUACCAUAAGAUUUUUAUGAAUAGCUGUACCUACAUAAAUAAAGUCAUUAAACUAACUAUUUAUUGA